AUGAGCUUUCGGCCCGCAGAUCGAGGCUCCUCGCCAGAGCAGACCGAGCAUCCCCGAAAGCGACAGAAGACGCUUGCCUCCACCGUCAGUGGAGAUGAAGAUGCCCAUGUCAAUACAGUGAGACAAAGUAAGGCAUGCGCAAAUUGUCGCAAGGUCAAGGUUAAGUGUGUCACGGCCGAGGAAGGCCGUGCCUCCAAUCGAUGCGCACGAUGCCUCCGGCUCGACAUCGUCUGUCUGCGACAAAAGAAGUCCUGGACUACGGGUGACACGGUCGAUGAUGAAGCCUCCCAAUUGGUCAAGCUCGCAGAACGAUAUGAAUGUGGAAGCACCCUGCAGACACAGAUGACAAUAGUCAAGCUAUCAAGAGCUGUCGAAGACAUCCUAGACAAGCUCGGAAUGCCGCAUAUUGACCUGUACUCUCAGCCUGCAGUCGUAGAUGCGCAUCAGCCUCUGCAGGAGACGCGGCAGCAUUCAGAAGAACCAGCCGCGGAGAAGGAGACCCGCGAGCGAAACGUCUCCCCAGACCCGAUGAAGAGCCUUAUCGAAGCUACCAGACUUAACGGGCUCCGAAGUCAGCUCCGGUCUGGAAAGCUGCGGAAGAAAGGAGGCAUGCGGCGUAUGGAUUGCGACCUAGUUUCAGAGAAGAUCAUCUCCUUUGAGGAAGCAGAAGAGAUGCUAGCGCUCUUUAGGAGAAUGCAAUCUCGCCACCUCUUCUCUGCAAGCAUAUCAUCCCAAGCAACUCUUGAGUCCAUCCGCAGCUCAUCCACGGUGCUCUUCACGUCAUUGAUGCUAGUCACUUCGCUCCAUAUUCCAGGCAAGGAGUUGGUGCACGAGAUGUGUCAUUCACGCUUCAUGGGACUAGUCUCUUCGGUCAUGUUCGAUCGCUUCCUGACACUCGAUGAUAUUCGGGGCCUUUGCAUCGCUGCGCUUUGGCAACCUGAUCUUAGCUGGAAGCUAUCGGGCUUGAGCAUCAGAAUGGCUACUGAGCUGAAUCUACACCAUGCUUUCUACGAAGCCUUCAACAGCGAUCAGAACAGCCACAGCAUGACUGCAGAAGCACGAAAAGAGUGCUUGGAGAAGGCCCGUCUAUGGUAUCUGCUCUACGUACUCGAUCACCAGUCAGGUAUUGCCCAUGGACGACCCCCGAUGAAGUCAGCGCUCAGGCCUAUCAAAGACUAUGAGCUACUUCUCAGCUCGGCAGACUGCAUCAACUCGGAUACGGCGCUUCUGGCGCAGGUCACUGGACUUGCCAUCCUAAGCAGGGCUUUUGAUCAUUUUGGCCUGGAGCCAAAACGCAUAAUGGCAGGAUCCGAUGACAACGUACUCAACCACCUCCGCUUCACAGAAGAAAUUCGUGCCUGGAGAGAUAAAUGGCUCGUGGUCUCCCAACCAAUGGACCAAAAUGAGCGCGCCUCGUCAUCCCGUUUUCAUAAUGGAUCCUACUCAAGAGACAUAACUCUCCAGUUUCUGUUCAGCAACCUCGUCCUAAACUCACUGGUUCUCCGAGGCAGGCCGUUGGACAGACUCUCUGAGCUACCUGUUGCUCUUCGUCCUUUGGCGCUCAGGGCGGUAGACACAGGUCAUGCGAUACUGCAGCACUUCCUUGAUGAGCCAAGCUACCACGACGCAAUAGUAGGCAUGCCUUUGUAUAUGCAUUCGAUGAUCGCCUUCGCCGUUGCGUUCCUCACCAAACUGGCCCAUCGAUGGCCAGCUAUCGGUAUCACAGUGGACCCAGCAACGUGUACAGAACCAUUGAUCAAGAACAUUAUCAAGCUCUUGAGGUCGUGCACAGCCGGAAAGAACCACAUGGUAUACAGUAUGGCAGAUGGCUUCGAGCGCAUGUUGAGACAGAUGAAAAAGGCGCAGGCGAGGCGACAGCAGGGCUCGGGGGCCAUGGAUUCACAUGAAAGUACUCUUUCAGGGACGUCAAGAACCCAAUCCCAACGGGAGGGUGCUGCCCCGAUGCCGGGGGAUAAUCGCGUUCACUCCAAUUUUGAUCGGUCCUCCAAUGUUUCGGCCGACUCACCGGAUCUUUUUGGGGGAUGGGGCUUUCAAAAUGAUGGGCUCUGGUCGACGGGCAUGGGCUACGACCUCCUUGACUACAGCAACCAGUACUCUCCCGCAGGCACAGGUUUCUCUCGGUUUCAGGGCUACGAGAUGCAGAGCAGGGACUCGUUUCGUUCAUUAUGA